AUGGCCGUGUAUCGGACACUUGUUGUGUUGGCAAUACUCUCGUCCUGUUUGGCAGAAAAAUACAAGGAUGGAGCGAAAGUAGAAGUGUAUGUGAAUAAAGUAGGACCAUAUUUUAACCCUCAUGAGACUUACCACUACUAUCAGCUACCUGUAUGUAGGCCUCAAAAAAUAGAACAUAAAAGCCUGUCGUUGGGGGAGGUGUUGGAUGGAGACAGAAUGGCUAAGUCUCUGUACGACAUCAGAUUUAAAAAGAACAUCUCUCCUGCCCAGGAGCUGUGUAAGACUACCCUGUCAGAGGCUGACCUGGCUCAGCUCAAAGAGGCCAUUGAAGACCUGUACUACUUUGAAUUUGUCCUAGACAACAUUCCAGUGAGAGGUUUUCUUGGUCACCUAGAAGAGGGAGGUUUUCUUCCUCACAAUCACAAAGUACAGCUGUGGACUAAUAUUCAUUUUAAUAUCCAGUAUAAUGGAGACCAGAUUAUAUAUGCUAACAUCUCUACCAAAGAGCAUGAGCCAGUGAAUCUAGAUGACGCUGUGGCACCUUUUGAAAUACGCUUCACUUACAGCGUAAAGUGGCAUCCAACUAAGCUGAAGUACAGUGACAGAGACAAACUGGUGAAAGGGACGAGCUUCUUCCCUAAAACCUUGGAGAUCCACUGGCUGUCCAUCAUCAACAGUUUGGUUCUGGUAUUCCUCCUGUUAGGAUUUGUGGUCAUUAUUCUGACAAGGGUACUGAAGAAUGACUUUGCUCGCUACAACACUGAUGAUGAGGAU